AUGAUACACGCUGUACGGCCGCUUGUGAGAGGGACCGCACGGUCGUCCCUGUGGUCGCGGUGUGCGACGCUGGCGAUGCGUCGCCCCGCGAGGUUUGUGAGAUUGCUGCAUGUUGAGGAUGCUGGGGCUGGGCCAGAAAUGCACGAGGCACCCGCGAUCUACCAGGGGAUGUCUGUGAAACUGCUGAAGGAUGAGUGUCGGUCCCGCGGGCUCAGGGUCUCUGGGAAGAAGUUGGACCUAGUUAACAGGAUUGUCGAUUUCGAAAGGACCCAAAGUUUGCAGCACGCGGGUCAAGAUAAUGAACACGAAAGCCACCAACGGCAUAUCGAUGAGACACAUGAGCUACUGAGAGAUGCAAGGGAGCAUGCAGAAAAGAUAGACGCAGAACUGCGUCUUCUCGAAGUGGCAGCUGAAAAGGCGGAACAGGAUGCUGCUGGGGAGAACACGGCGCAACCGGCUACUCCUCUUACAGAGGCACAACGGGCUACCUCUUCUGCUGAGACGACUCUCCCCCCAUCCCACGUGGAGAUAUUGAAGAGCCAAUUGUCGGAAACCAAGUCGUACGUGGACUCAUUGGAGGCCAAAUACGAGCAAGUCAACAACCAGAUAGCAGCACGCGAAACAGCAGAGGAGCAGACCAACAGUGGCCCUAACUCCUCCACGCAGGAGGACAAAUCGCAAUCGCAGAACAGUGUCGGAUACGCAUUGGUUGCCCUUGGUGGUGCCCUCGGUCUUGGCUGGAUCUUCCAACGCAGCGAAAAGCGUACCUGA